AUGUCUCCCCGCCAAAGCCCACAUCCGGAGACGAUCUUGUGGCUCGUGCCGGCCAAGGAUUCUCCCAAGACUCAGGAAAUGCUUCUUCACCCAGACAACAAGAAGUUUGUAUCUCUAUGCAACACCAAGCCCGAUGUGUACGGACUUGAGAUCGGCCAUCACGUUCCGUCAAGGCCUCGUCCUCUAGUUAUAGCGGAAGUGGGAAAGAAUGCCGACCUUGUCAUGCCAGGCUCGAGUAUCUCCCAAGUCCACUUUUCGUUCGAGAUCCACCCAGAAUCCCAUCAAAUCAUGUUCUGGGACCGGUCCCGACUUCACACCACGAAAAUAGGCCCAGAUCCGUUCAGGGAAGAUGGGAAUUUCCGCAAGAUUGUCUUGGACACGACGAAAUCCGACUACACAAUCAGCGCUGGCGGCGAAAAACUAGACCAGUUUGUCUUCCACGUGGAAUGGGACACGUCGGACAAAGACAUGAUGGUGCAAGAGCAAGAGAACAAAUCUCAGAUGGUGGAUGCGCGGAUAUGCAAUUCUCGUUGGGCUCCAACUGUCGAGGACGCCCCGAUGGAUCUCACCUCUUGGUACAACACACGACUUCACACGCCAGCCAUUGGGGCUGUCCAGCGAGCGAUCAUGGUUAAAGAGCUAGGUCGUGGAGCGUUUGGUGAUGUACACAGAGCUGUCGAUACCGAUUCGGGAUGCUUAAUCGCAGCCAAGAGAAUCAAAGUGCCUCGGAAAGACGACGCGUUGCAGCGUGAACGGGAACAGAAGAACAUUGUCGAAUACUUGGGCUCGUCGGGUUGGGGCACCGAAAACGUCGAGAUUUACAUGAGCCUCAAAUCCGGAAGCUUGGGCGGUUUGGUCGAGCAAUUUCCAGCUCGCAAAGACACUCUGCGGCUCUCCCUUUACAUGGCACCCGAGAUAAUGCUCGAAACGCACGAGCAGUCUCCCAAAGCGGACGUGUGGUCCCUCUUUGUCGUGCUCGGUGUUGUGACACAAGCAGGAAAUCUUCACGAUCCAAGGCUGGCUAAGUACAACCACGUUCUCCAAUGUGUUAAGGAUGCGGCUAUUUGCAUGCCGAUCCUCGAGCCCAUGGCACGACAAGAUCCCAAUCUACGAGCUUCGGCAGCUCAAAUGCUUGUCAUGCAUUUCAACGGCGAAGGAUUGACCACACCUCGACGUCAGAUUGAGCCAGUGCCGGAUGCUUCUUCUCAGCCUUCAGGACAACGCGAUAGGUUGCAAGUUCCAGCACCGAAAGGCCCCAAGCCUGAUGUCCCUGGCCUGAAGCGACUUCGCAGUGUGUCACCCAAACCUGCAGCGAAAGCCCCUGAACGACCAAAGCACUACUUCCAAACGAAAGAACGACCAUGGGCACGUUGGUGA